UAUAUAGAGGUGUAUUCCUGGCACAAAAUCACAAUCCAACAAAUCAUCAUACAUCAAUUAAGCUUAGCUUCUUUCUAGCACAACUUUAAUUUGCUGCGAAUUUAAAUCAUAUAUAUAUAUCAAGAUCGUCGCAAAUAGUACAAUGUCGUCGUGGUCGAAAGCUCCGGGUACUGAUCAAAACAUCGCCGUCCGCCUGAAAAUCCAUUCGAAGGGCGAUGAAAGAAGAAUCAAGAAAUGGCUGCUGGGCAUUCAGGGCGUUCGUCGUGUUGAUUUUGACGUCAAUAAUGGAGUCGUGAUCGUCUCCGGCACUAUAGAUCCUCCGACGCUGUUAAUGAUGCUGGAGAACUAUGGCGUAAAAGCGGAGAUCUUUGGCGCCCAACGCCGCCCUGUAAGUCCGGUGAAGGACACAGAAAUUGUCGCGCCGCCGCAGUCUAAGGUUAUCAAUCCGCUGAAUGAUCCCGACAUUGCGGCGCUGCUCGAACGUUUACCCAGAAUUUCCGCCGGGUUGCAGACCGUGGAGGUGAUCAAGACUGUGAAGAUUGUGUUUAUGGGGGAAGAGAGUGGCGGCGGCGGGAACAAAACGCUGGAAAUUACAGCGAAAAAUCUCGCCGGCGGCGGUGUUUACGGUCAGCCCCACGGCGGCGGGAUUUGCGCCGCUUCUUCUUGCGGCGGCGGCGGCGGCCACCUUGUCGGCGUGGGGAACAAUAUGCAUUGUUUCCCGCACGGCUGUCCUCAUGGGGUUUUCCCGGGCAUGCGGUGGCCACAACCGGAAUACUAUUAUGGGGGGUUUUCUCCUCUAGGGCCUCCGCCGUGGCUGCCUGUUGGAAUUCCAUCGGCGCCGCCUCUGCCGGAGGAGGAUAACUAUCCGCCACCGCCACUGCCUCCGCCGCCCGCCGCCAACCCAAUCUACACAGCGUUCAGUGAUGACAAUACUAGCAGCAGCUGCACCAUUAUGUGAGCCUU